UCGGCACGUGCCGCCUCGAUUUCCCACUCCAAAACCCAGAACCGCCAUACCCUCUCAAACAGUGCCUUCGCACAAAAAAUGCUCAAACGUGAUCGUUAAUGGCGAUCUUCAGAUCACUGAAAACCCUACUUUCUCGAUCUCACAGAAACAAUUCCCCUUCCUCUCUCUCCAGAACUUUCUUCUCCCUUUCUAACUGCUCCGCUUCACCAAUUCCGCCGCCGUUUCUGCUACCAAGUAACAGCUGCUAUUUACGCCGCCACUUUCUCCUCCGGCCGAGUUUUCUGUAUCCGGCGAGGGGACCACUAUUUCUAUUCAAUCCUCCAUGGAAGCUCUCUCAGUCCGCCACCCCUCUCCUCCAAUCCGACGUCGUAUUGAACCUCCGUGCUCUUAAUCUGCUUCAACCACCGAUACUUCCUUGCAAUGUUGCGUACGAUGCUAGGAGGCUGCUUAAGGAGAGUGGAAGGGAGGAACAUAAAAAUGGGGAUCCGGUUGAUUCGGAGGUGUCGCGGCUUACUGGCGACGGCGGGAUUAGCGACGAUUACUUGAAUCUUCCAAAUUUUAUUUCAUUCGCUCGGUUGCUUUCUGGUCCAGUUAUUGGAUGGAUGAUUAUACAUGACAUGUAUUCUUAUGCAUUUAUUGGACUUGCCGUAUCGGGAGCUACUGACUGGUUAGAUGGUUACGUGGCCAGAAAAAUGAGAAUCAAUUCUGUAGUUGGUUCCUACCUUGAUCCUCUUGCAGACAAGGUUCUAAUUGGAAGUGUUGCUUUGGCAAUGGUGGAUAAGGAUCUUCUACAUCCUGGACUGGUUGCACUUGUUCUGCUGCGUGACGUUGCUCUUGUUGGUGGUGCGGUUUAUAAAAGAGCUAGCGAUAUGGAUUGGAAGUGGAACACCUGGCGUGACUUCUUCAAUCUCGAUAGAGCCAAUGCACCAAAAGUUGAGCCUCUCUUCAUUAGCAAGGUGAAUACAGUUUUCCAACUGGCCCUGGUUGCAGCAGCUCUACUUCAACCAGGAUUUGGAAAUGAAGAAACUCAGCUAUAUAUCACUUACUUGAGUUGGUUAGUGGCUUCUACCACAGUAGCUUCAACUGCUGCAUAUGGGGUACAACACUGGAAAAACGGAGCUGCUUUGUUGAGCAAGUCUAAGUUCAAAGCUUGAAGAAAACAAAACUCGAGCUGUCUAUAUUAGGGAUUAUGCCAGACCAUUCUCUUGUUACAUGAUUUUACAUUUCUUGUUAUUUCUAUGCUCUCAAAACCGAAAAAAAAAAAAAAAAAAAAAAAAAAAAAAAACUAUGCCUUAGCAAUACGUUUGCAGCGGUCUAUAAUAGUGUUACGAGGACAUUUUCUGGCUCGUAUUAGGGAAAAUGUUGCCUCAACAUCUUAUCGUGGCAUAGUUUAUCGAGUUUUGACUGGCCUGGUU